UCUCAUCGUGCAGUCUUCAGCCUCAACAUUGUUCCUUUGCUCCCCCAUCUCUUGCUUGCUUCCUGAGCUCUUUCCUCGGCGUCUUCUUUGGUUUCUCUCUUUGUUUUCUUCUCCUUUAUCAGAAUGGUCUAACUCUCUGUUUCCAGCCACGAGAGCAGCAAUGGCAUCCACAUCGAAAGUGCCGCUCCUCCCAAGACAUACCCAUGCAAUCGGCGAGAGCUCCUCGUCGGGGGAUCCUCCUACUGAAGGGGCGUCAACCUUGCAGGCUCAGAUCGUCGCCCGUCAGGAGGAAAUCCGCCGUCUCAUUCUGCAAAUUCAAAAGGUCGAGCACCGCAUGUAUAUGCGGAUACACGGCAAGGAAUGGUACCCGGAGGAAAGGCGCGAGAACGAAGACUGGCUGUGGGACUGCGACAACAAGAAGGCCCAGUUGACAUCGAGGACCAAUAAUCUGAUCAAGCAAACCGAAGAAUCCAAAGCAAUGGUUUCAGCACUGGCUUCAAAGAUUGAUUUGUUGAGAAGGAUCAAACCCACUGAGCCACAAGUGCAUGAUCCUGAAAUCCGUCAGAAAACUAAGAAAGAGGAUUGAGCACGAACAAAAGUGGAGGCAGAUUGACCGGACUAGGAGAGUGUUUUUACUUGUCCAACACGUCUCCUGUAAGAUCUACUCUCUUUGGAUGAUACCUGUUUCAGAAUUCUACAACUGAUACUUUUAUGGUGCUGAAACUGUUUCAUGUUAUGAUAAUGUUCAUUUCAUAGAGGACAUGUCAGUACGUUGCUCGUGUUAUAAAAUGCAUAUAUGAACUAAGAUUUUACUCAAAUGAUAUGACUUUUUGUUUCCGUAGGUUUGCUGUUCAAAGUAAUUUUGAGGUCUCAGUGUUGAAGUGUAUCUACAGUUUCAUUUACAUAGGGAAAAUAUUUCAUGAGUUAUAUCAAACAUCAAAUUAUAUUGCCUUGUUGAAGCCACAGCGGAGAAGCUCUCCGACGAGUUCAACAACCUCAUUUCCUUGGGCCCGCCCACUCAAGAACGGGCCUUUCGCGUGCAAACUGCUCAUCGUGUUCCAUCGGCUUAUAUAUUUGUUAUGAUUCAUGUUCUUUUUCCCCUCUACCAUUUCUAGGAUAAUUUU